UAGAACAAUUACAAACUUUAUUUCAUCAACACAAUCAAUUGAUUAUAUUGUUUAAAACUGCCCUGGAUCUGAUGCCAUCCGAUAAUCACAAAAUUGUAAUCAGAGCUGAUAAAACACCUGCAGGUCAACAUACAAGACGUUUUAAUGCACCAACUAUUGAUGAAGUUGCUAUCGUUGUAGUUGGAGAAAACUUGGAAUCCCGUGAUAUUGUUUUACGUCGUCGGAAUGAUCAAUUACAACGUAUAAAGGAAACACACCGCUCAUAUGAUGCACUGCAAUAUCCCAUUAUAUUUUGGCAAGGUGAAGAUGGCUACGAUUUCUCAAUAAAAAUGAUAAAUCCCAUUGCAGGUUCUGAAACCAACAAAAAAGUCAGUUCAAUGAACUAUUAUUCAUACCGCCUAAUGAUUCGGGAAAAUGAAGAUAAUCACAUAUUGAAAUGUCGGCGAUUAUAUCACAAAUAUGUUGUUGACAUGUAUGUUAAAAUUGAAACGGAGAGAUUAACAUUCAUCAGGUUGAAUCAAACCAAACUCCGAUCUGAAGAGUAUAUUCACCUUCGAGAUGCGAUUAAUACUGAUGGAAAUGCACAGAAUGUCGGUCGGAUGACUAUUCUUCCAGCAACAUACAUCGGAAGCCCUCGGCAUAUGCACGAAUAUGCUCAAGAUGCCAUGUCGUAUGUUCGUCAUUAUGGUACAGCAGAUUUGUUCAUCACAUUUACAUGCAAUCCGCAAUGGAUAGAAAUCAAUCAGGAGUUAUUCUCUGGGCAAUCACCCAUUGAUCGUCAUGAUAUUACAGCCAGAGUCUUUAGACAAAAGUUGAAAUCUUUAAUGGAUUUCAUCGUAAAACAUAAUGUGUUUGGUGAGACACGCUGCUGGAUGUAUUCUGUGGAGUGGCAGAAACGAGGAUUGCCACAUGCACACAUUUUGAUUUGGUUGGUUGAAAAUAUAAGGCCAAAUGAAGUUGAUGCAGUGAUAUCAGCUGAAAUCCCUAAUGUACAAGUAGAUCCUGGAUUGCAUGAGGUAGUUAUCAAAAACAUGAUACAUGGUCCCUGUAGAACUCUUAAUCAAAAUUCACCGUGUAUAAUGGAUGGUAAAUGUUCAAAACGAUAUCCACGGACAUUAAUAUCGGAAACAAUUACUGGUAAUGACGGUUAUCCAUUGUAUCGUCGCAGAUCGACAGCAGACAAUGGAAAAUCAACAAUUGUCAAAUUAAAUCAACAAGAUAUUGAAAUAGAUAAUCGUUGGAUUGUUCCAUAUUCACCCAUUUUAUCAAAGACAUUCAAAGCACACAUCAACGUUGAAUCUUGCCAUUCAGUGAAAUCUAUUAAAUACAUUUGCAAAUAUGUAACCAAAGGGAGUGAUAUGGCUGUGAUUGGAAUUGGUGCAGAGAAUUCAAAUGAUGAAGUUACCCAAUACCAAAUGGGCCGCUAUGUCAGUAGUAAUGAAGCAGUUUGGCGAAUAUUUUCUUUUCCUAUUCAUGAGAGACACCCUUCUGUUGUUCACUUAGCUGUGCAUUUAGAAAAUGGACAAAGAGGGUAUUUUACAGCACAGAACGCAGUACAAAGAGCUGCUCAGCCACCAUCUACUACAUUAACCAGUUUUUUUGAGACAUGCCAAAACGAUGAUUUCGCACAAACAUUGCUAUAUUCUGAAAUGCCAAAAUAUUAUACCUGGAAUCAAUCCUCAAGGAGAUUUAUACGACGGAAACAAGGAAAACCAGUUCCAGAUAUACAGAUGUAUAUUCCACCGAUGCGAUUGGCCGGAUUUAUUCAGUACAUCCAAGCAAUGAUGAAUUUACGAACUGUUGAUGGUGAAUUGUGUGGAUCCUACAGAGAAGCCUGUCAACGUUUGCAAUUGCUAGAAAAUGACAAUCAUUGGGAUCAAACUCUAAAUGAUGCUGUAAUAUCAUCAAGUGCUCAACAAAUACGAACAUUGUUUUCUAUAAUCAUAUCUACAUGCUUCCCAUCAAACCCAAUUGAUUUGUGGAUCAAGUACAAGGAUUAUAUGUGUGAUGAUAUUUUGUAUCAAAUACGGAAUAGAAUGGGAAAUCUAAAUAUACAAAUCAGUGAAGAAAUUUAUAACGAAGCAUUGAUUUCAAUUGAGGACAUGUGCUUGAUGAUGUCAAACAAACUAUUAAUUCAAUUAGGCCUGAUCGCGCCCAAUCGUCCAAUGCAUGAUGUUUUUAACCAAGAGGUGCACAGAGAAAAAAUGUAUGAUCUCAACAAUUCGAAAGAAUUAAUUCAAAAAAAUCUUCCACUGUCGAAUGAACAGAAGUAUGUAUUUGAUACUCUUAUGAAAGUAACAAAUGAUGAAACUGGAGGGAUAUACUUCUUGGGUGCACCUGGUGGUACAGGAAAAACUUUUUUGAUUUCAUUAAUAUUAGCAACAAUUCGUUCACAAAAUAAAAUUGCACUUGCACUCGCUUCCUCGGGAAUCGCGGCAACUUUGCUUGAAGGUGGUAGAACAGCCCAUUCAGCACUAAAAUUGCCAUUAAAUAUGCAAAGCAAUGAAACUCCAACCUGCAACGUUUCGAAGAACUCUGCAAUGGCAAAGGUUUUGCAGCAAUGUAAAUUGAUUGUUUGGGAUGAAUGCACGAUGGCACAUAAAAAAUCUUUGGAGGCUUUGGACAGAACCUUAAAAGAUCUACGGAGCAAUAAUAACCGAUUUGGUGGUGCAAUGAUUUUAUUAGCAGGAGAUUUUCGUCAAACAUUGCCGGUGAUUCCACGAUCAACGCCAGCUGAUGAACUCAAUGCAUGUCUAAAGUCCUCCAGUUUGUGGAAACAUGUCAAAGUACUUCAUUUAAGCAAGAAUAUGCGUGUCGAGUUGCAAAAUGACCAAUCUGGAAACAUAUUCUCUAAACAACUCAUUGACAUUGGUAAUGGCAAAUUUCCUAUAGACAUGUUGACUGGCUGCAUUAACUUUCCUCAAAGUUUUUGUCAGUUAACUCGAUCAAAAGAUGAACUUAUUCAGAAGGUGUUUCCAGAUGUUUCUCAAAAUUACAGAAACCAUGAUUGGUUGAGCGAACGAGCUAUACUGGCUGCAAAAAAACAUAGAUGUAAAUGA